CCUGGUCCCGCUGCCCGGCGGAGUGGUGGGGUUGGGUGUCCGGUGGGGCUAUGGCGAGCGUGGAGCGGGGGCUUGGCCGGGGGCUGUUGCUCCUCUUUUGCACGCUAUUGCUGGGCCCGGCCCGCAGCGUCCACAUCAAGAAGGCGGAGGCGGCGGCGCCCGGCGAGACGCUGCGGUACCUGCACUCGGCCGAGCUGGGCCAGGCGCUGCAGACGCUGGCGGACGCGGCCCCCGCGGGCCUGGCGCGGCUCUUCAGCAUCGGCAAUUCGGUGGAGGGGCGGCCGCUGUGGGUGCUGCGUCUGACGGCGGGGCUGGGGCCGGAGCGCGCCGACGAGGAGCCCGGCGGCUCGCCGCUGCCCGGCCGGCCGCAGGUGAAGCUGGUGGGGAACAUGCACGGGGACGAGCCUCUGGCGCGGCCGCUGCUGCUUCGCCUGGCCCAGGAGCUGGUGCGGGGAUGGGCGAACGGUGAGGAGCGCAUCGGCCACCUGCUCAACACCACCGACAUCUACCUGCUGCCCAGCCUCAACCCUGACGGCUUCGAGCGCGCCCGCGAAGGCGACUGCGGCGGCGGUGCGGAGGGCGGCAGGGAGAACAGCCGUGGUCGCGACCUGAACCGCAGCUUCCCCGACCAGUUCGGGGUCGCCGAGCCCAACCUGGAGCCUGUGCCCGAGGUGCAGGCCCUCAUCACCUGGAUGCGCCGCAACAGGUUUCUGCUCUCUGGCAAUCUUCAUGGUGGUUCAGUGGUUGCAAGCUACCCCUAUGAUGACUCUCCCACGCAUAAGCUCUCAGGAAUCUACAGCAAAUCUGCUGACGAUGAAGUGUUCAAAUACUUGGCCAAAGCUUAUGCCUCCAAUCACCCCAUAAUGAGAACUGGCAAACCCAAUUGCCCUGGUGAGGAGGGAGAGACCUUCCAAGAUGGUAUCACAAAUGGUGCCCACUGGUAUGAUGUAGAAGGUGGGAUGCAGGAUUACAACUAUGUGUGGGCCAACUGCUUUGAGAUCACGUUGGAGCUGUCCUGCUGCAAAUACCCUCCGACCUCUGAGCUUCAGCAGGAGUGGGAGAACAACAGGGACUCUCUCCUUGCUUUCAUUGAGAAGGUCCACAUGGGUGUGAAAGGCUUUGUGAGGGAUGCAGUCAGUGAGGCUGGCCUGGAGAACGCCACCAUUGUUGUUGCUGGGAUCGCUCACAAUGUCACCGCGGGAAAGUUCGGCGAUUACCACCGGCUGCUCGUGCCUGGGACCUACAAUGUGACUGCACUUGUGACAGGUUAUGCACCAGUGACCAAAGAGAACAUUGAGGUGAAGGAGGGAGAAGCAACAGAAGUGAAUUUCUCCUUGCAGCCAACAGUAAAGCCGCCGGCUCGUAACGUCACGCAGGUCACAGCACCGCCGGCUCCUGCCUCUACCAUCACCUCCAGCCCUGUGCAGGAAGAGGUGCCCAGCCCAACCCCUCUCCAUCAGCCCAUCCAGCCUGUGGACUUCCGCCACCACCAUUUCUCAGACAUGGAGAUCUUCCUGCGGCGCUACGCCAACGAGUACCCCAACAUCACCCGCCUCUACUCCGUGGGCAAGUCGGUGGAGCUGCGGGAGCUCUACGUGAUGGAGAUCUCGGACAAUCCUGGUGUCCAUGAAGCAGGUGAGCCAGAGUUCAAGUACAUUGGUAACAUGCAUGGGAAUGAAGUUGUGGGUCGAGAACUUCUCCUGAACCUCAUCGAGUACCUCUGCAAGAACUUUGGCACAGACCCUGAGGUCACUGACCUGGUUCAGAACACACGGAUCCACAUCAUGCCUUCUAUGAACCCUGAUGGCUAUGAGAAGUCCCUGGAAGGAGACAGAGGAGGCACUGUGGGCAGGAACAACAGCAACAACUACGACCUGAACCGGAACUUCCCAGAUCAGUUCUUCCAAGUGGCAGACCCUCCACAGCCAGAAACUCUGGCUGUCAUGACCUGGUUGAAGACUUACCCAUUUGUGCUCUCAGCAAACCUGCAUGGAGGCUCUCUGGUGGUUAAUUACCCCUUUGAUGAUGAUGAACAAGGAAUAGCCAUAUACAGUAAAUCCCCAGAUGAUGCUGUGUUUCAGCAGCUGGCACUUUCCUAUUCCAAGGAGAACACCAAGAUGUACCAAGGAAGCCCUUGUAAGGAUAUGUACCCCACUGAGUACUUCCCACAUGGCAUCACUAAUGGUGCUCAGUGGUACAAUGUGCCAGGUGGGAUGCAAGACUGGAAUUACUUAAAUACAAACUGCUUUGAGGUGACCAUUGAGCUGGGCUGUGUGAAAUAUCCAAAAGCUGAGGAGCUGCCAAAGUACUGGGAGCAGAACCGCCGCUCCCUCCUCCAGUUCAUGAAGCAGGUUCACCGUGGUGUCUGGGGGUUUGUGCUGGAUGCUACAGACAAGAGAGGCAUUCUCAACACCACCAUCAGCGUUGCUGACAUCGACCACCCAGUGACCACCUCCAAGGACGGAGACUACUGGCGCCUCUUGGUCCCAGGGACCUACAAAAUCACAGCAUCUGCCCGAGGGUAUGAUCCAGUCACUAAGAUGGUUGAAGUUGGCAGCAAAGGUGGGGUGCAGGUGAACUUCACUCUUAAGCGGACAGACAUCAAAGUGGAGGAGGGGAAGGUGCCAGUCGUGAACACUCCAGACACCAGCGACCCCAACGAGAAGGAGUUUGAGACCCUGAUCAAAGAUCUCUCUGCUGAGAAUGGCCUGGAGCGCCUCCUGCUGGCCUCCUCGGGGAACGUCUCUCCCUAUCGGUACCGCCCAUACAAGGACCUCUCCGAGUUCCUCCGAGGCCUCUACCUGAACUACCCACACAUCACAAACCUCACCAGUUUGGGUCAGAGCGUUGAGUUCCGCCAGAUCUGGUCCCUGGAAAUCUCCAACAAACCCAACCAGUCGGAGCCCGAGGAGCCCAAGAUUCGCUUCGUUGCUGGUAUUCAUGGAAACGCUCCUGUUGGCACAGAGCUGCUCCUGGCACUCGCAGAAUUUCUCUGCAUGAACUACAAGAAGAAUGCUGCUAUUACAAAGCUGAUUGACCGAACGCGGAUUGUGAUUGUGCCUUCCCUGAACCCAGACGGACGGGAGAUCGCCCAGGAGCGAGGCUGCACCUCGAAGAUAGGCCAGAACAAUGCUCAUGGCAAGGACCUGGACACAGACUUCACAAGCAACUUCUCCAGGUACUCAGGGACACGAGAGCCUGAGACCAAAGCCAUCGUGGACAACUUGAUACUGAAGCACGAUUUCAGCCUCUCAGUUGCACUGGAUGGAGGAUCUCUGCUUGUCACUUACCCAUAUGAUAAGCCAGAGCAGACAGUGGAGAACAAAGAAACAUUGAAGCAUUUGGCAUCUCUGUAUGCAAACAACCACCCGCUGAUGCACUUGGGCCAGCCAGGCUGUCCAAAUAAGUCAGAUGAGAAUAUUCCUGGUGGUGUGAUCCGUGGCUCCGAAUGGCACAGUCACUUGGGGAGUAUGAAGGAUUUCAGCGUUACCUUUGGCCAUUGUCCCGAGAUCACCGUUUACACCGGCUGCUGUUACUUCCCCAGUGCAGGACAGCUGCCCAGCCUGUGGGCAGACCACAGGAAAUCUCUCCUCAGCAUGCUCGUGGAGGUUCAUAAGGGAGUCCAUGGAUUUGUCCAAGACAAGAGUGGCAAGCCAAUUUCUAAAGCUGUCAUUGUUGUUAAUGAAGGCUUGAAGCUCUGUACUAAAGAAGGUGGCUAUUUCCACGUGCUCCUGGCUCCAGGUCUGCAUAACAUCGAUGUGAAGGCCAAUGGGCACCAGACAAAACAUGUCAAGGUCUUGGUUCGUCCUGAUGCUCCCAGCUCCGUGCUCAUUGUGUUUGACACAGAAAACAGGAUCUUUGGUCUGCCAAGGGAGCUGGUUGUAACUGUUGCAGGUGCAAGUAUGUCUGCUCUGGUCCUCACAGCCUGUAUCAUCUGGUGUGUCUGCUCAAUUAAGUCCAACAGACACAAGGAUGGCUUCCACCGCCUCCGGCAGCACCACGACGAUUACGAGGAUGAAAUCCGCAUGAUGGCCACUGGCUCCAAAAAGUCCCUUCUAAGCCAUGAAUUCCAGGAUGAAACAGACACUGAAGAAGAAACACUGUACUCCAGCAAACACUGACAACCCCCCCUGGGCAGGAGAGGAGGUUCCCAUGGACUAGACUGGGUGGGGAGGGCGAUCCCUGUGGUUCAGUUCUGAAACGUUAGCUUGCAGGAUGUGUCCUCCAGAGGCGUGGGUGGCAGCUCCCAGCUUCCCUCUAUUUGCUGUGUUCCUAUGGACCUGAAAAUCAGUGGGGGUUGGAGGCUAAGGUUGUGAUUGUUACAUUUUUGAGUCAUGAUCUGGAGGUUCACGUGACACUGUUGGAAAGGCAACUUAACAGGGUGGCCGCAUUGCACUUCCCCAGCAUCUCAACACCAGUGGACAGAUGGUGGGGAAGUGCCCUAAGACCGGUGUGGAGUUGUCGAUGCAACACUCCAAAGCAGUUUCUCUACCUGUUUUGAUUUCAUGUUUCCCACUCCUUACUUGGGAGAAGCCAGAUCCUUCACUUGACUCCAUGUUCUGCAGAGCAGCCCUUGGAAAAAGGCCAAAAAGAAAAACAAAGUCCUUGGUUCUCAGCUGCUUCCUUGGAGCUUCUCCCCACUCUGAGGUGCUGUGGCCUGCUACGAUCUGCUGUGGUUGUGGAGCACCUCUGUGUUGCUAGUUCUGGGCAGUGACUUGGCAUCCUGAAAGCUGGGGCAGAUGACGUCCGUUCUUGACGUGGGCUGGAGAAAAGAGCCAAUGUUGGGGCUUUAGUGAACUCUGACAAAGUUCAGCUGCUUGCCAGCUCUGCAGUACUGCUGUUUCUCACUUCUGGGGAAGAAAGAACCUUUAUCCCCAUCACACCUGGUUGCUUUUCAUUUGUGUAGCAGACUUGGCCUUGGGGGUCUCACGUUAGUGUUACAGCAACACAGUGUCUGUAAGAGCAACUGAAGGUUGUUCUGAGCAAAUGGACAGACUGAUUGUGAUGGGUACUGUAGAAGAGCAGUUGGUUACAGACUCCCCCUGACCAGUUUUGCUCAAGUCCUCCACUACUCAGGAGGAAACAGUGAAAUCUGCUUUGUAUUUGAGCAUUAUUGGAGCAGCAGGGAGAGGCCAUGGGAGAACCUAUGGCCCAACUUACCUCUUGGCACCAUUUGCCAUUGUCCACAUAAUACCAUUUAGAGAUCAGAGCACUUUGGAAACAACUUCACAUCAAGCUCUGGUGGGUGCAGGCAUGAAACUGGCUUGCUGGUUUGGCUCUGUUUACUACAGCAUCCCUGAAGUACGUAGCAAGAGCUCCACCUUCUUGUGUCUGCAGCUGUGUGCUGCUGUGGAGCAUGAGGGAGGGCUGAAGGGGAAGGGAAAAACAGUCGAAUUCUGGUUUGUAGCACUUGGCAGGAAGUUGGAAAGGGGAACCACAAUGUGCAUCCCCUAGACAUAAGGGAUUUUGGGGCAAUAGAAGGGAAGAAUGGCUGAAGUGUUGAUUUACAAAGCCUUUAUGCACCUCUGAUGUUUCUGGGUGGAAGAUUUGGGUUAGAAUAGGCACUUACUUUCUUGCUGCUCAUUUUAUUUUCUAAUUCUUUCACCACUGACCUGAGCUCUGGGGUGCAGGAGCUUGUUGCAGCAAUGUCUUAGGCAUCUAGUUUGCUCUGAGCUGAUCUGUUCUCCAGCAGCCUGGAGAGGUCCACUAGUGAAACCUGCAUGUGGUGUCUGGGGGGAGGAUAUUUGCACCCAAAUGUAUGAUGGGGUCUGUUCUGCAGGGCUCUGACCUGGUCUGCUUUGAGGAAGCAGCACCGUGGGUUUCCUGUUGAAGACUUUGUGCCAUGUCAGCAAGGGAAGGAGGUGACCUGGGCCUCUCUGUGUGGUAGAUGCCCUUCCAGAACCACAUGCUCUGGCUGUGUUGCUGUGCUCCUCAUCUCAGCUGAUUUUGUGCAGCUAUUUCUAGAGACAAAGCUAACCUUUAGACACCUUCUUGCUGUUCCCCAGGGACUUCUAGUGCAAGAAAUGUUAUCAGAUCUUGCUGGGGAGGUGUGCUGGGAACAGGGAGAUAAGGCUGAGCAUUCCCCAUGCUCCUGUCCUGCAUCGCUGCGGUGUGGAAGAGCUGCUUUUGUUUCCUCUGUUGUGCAGGAGCCACGACCAUCUCUGUGCCUGCUCCCAGCUCCUCCAGCUUAGCAGGAAAUGGGGUUUGGUUUUCCAUGUGCAGUAGGCUGCAGAACACAACAUGCAGUAGCAUUAAUUCUGCCUCAUCUCCCAGCUUUUCCUGCUUCUGAGAGCUUUAAUGAGACACAGCUGGGGUUUUAUAUUGAAGUGGAGUUUGCAAAUGGACUCUGUUUGGGCUUUGUUUGCUGUGGAAGCAAGUAACAGACUGAGCUGGCCUUGCGUUGUCCUACUAGCAAUAAGCUGUGUUAGGAGUUGGCCGUUCCCUCUGAGAGUGCAUUUUGCAGUUAGCCUGGAGCAGGUGCAUGUUUUUAAGGUGAGUGGAGCGAGACAUUUUGCAAACGUGUGAGACUUUUCUGCACUCCAGGACCAGGUGUGGUGUCUGGCUCUUGCUCAGCCCCUGCCCGUCAGCGCUGGGGCUGUUUGUUGCCAGCGUGGACGAGGCAGGAGCCUCACCCUGUCUGUCCGUCCAAUCGCGGGACAGGGAGCCGGUCCCCGCGGCCACUCGUCCCUGGCGUCUGUCGGUCCGUGCACUGUGCCUUCAAAUGUACAUUUUUAAAAGGGACUUGAAUCGCCUUUUCCUGGAAGUGGGGUGGCGUGAGGUGAGGUCUGGCUCUGCCCUCAGCCGAGCCCCCAGGGUUUUUUUUAUCUGUAUACCGAGAUCAAAUAAUAUGUAUAAAACUAUUUU